AUGGAGAAACAAAUAUAUCUUCUGCAAUUCAAAACUAUCAACUCUAUGGAAAAAGUUAAUUUCAGAACCCAAAUUUUAAGCGGGCACCUCCAAAACCACCGCCAUGCAACCAACGCCACAAUUUCCGCCUCACCAUGCGUCAGCUACGUGCCACCGGAAGUUUCCGAACAACCCUUUUCGUUUGACGUGACUUCAAUGAGGAAACUGAUGGAUGGGCACAAUUUGGGUGACAGGGACUGGCUUUUUAAUCUCAUGGUACAGAGUGAACUUUUCAAUCCAAGGCUAAGGGGUGGCAAAGUAUUUGUGAUGCCGGAUUAUAAUCACUCCAUGGAGCAGCAAAGAGAGAUGACUAAGAAGAGAAUUGAGUUUUUACUGGAUCAUGGGGUGUUCAAGGGGUGGUUGACAGGUAAAGGGCCUGAAGCUGUUUUGAAAAAAUUUGCUCUUUUGGAGGUUAUUGAGGUUCGAGGCAUUGAAACAACAGCAACUUAUGAGGCAAACAUGGGAGAGUUUGUAAUCAACACUCCAUGUGAAUCAGCUCAAAAGUACUGGAUUGGUGGUGCAGCUAACUAUGCGACACAUGCAGUAGUUUUCUCUCAGCUGAAUAUUGACGGCAAAAAUCAUGGAGUCCAUGCUUUUAUCACCCAGAUCAGAGAUGAAAAUGGGAAUAUCUGUCCCAAUAUCCGGAUUGCUGAUUGUGGUCAUAAGAUUGGUUUAAAUGGCGUUGACAAUGGUCGAAUCUGGUACACUAUGAGCUUUGCUGGUAACUACUUGAAAAUGCUUUACAUGAAGAGGAGUCCUCAACUGAUCAAAACCAUCCAUGUUGUAUCCAGUGCAUUCAAGGCCACUCUGACUUGGCAUAACCUGCGAACUCUUCAGGAAUGCCGUGAAGCCUGUGGUGGGCAAGGAGUGAAGACAGAAAAUCGAAUUGGCCAACUGAAAGGUGAAUAUGAUGUGCAGUCUACUUUCGAGGGUGAUAACAAUGUUCUUAUGCAACAGGUUAGCAAGGCUCUGCUGGCUGAGUAUGUAGCAGCCGAAAGGAGAAAUAAACCAUUCAAAGAGUUGGGGUUAGAACAUAUGAACAGAUCAUGCCCAGUUAUUCCUGCAAAGCUUAUGAGUUCGACGCUGAGGAGUACUCAAUUUCAGAAUGAUAUCUUCUGCCUAAGAGAAAGAGAUUUAUUAAACCGCUUUGCUGCUGAAGUCUCGCAAUACCAAGCACAGGGAGAAAGUAAAGAGUCUGCAUUUGUUGUGAGUUACCAGGUCGCUGAAGAUCUGGGAAAAGCAUUCUCAGACCGUGCAAUUUUGCAGUGUGCUAUAGAAGCCGAGAACAAUGUGACAGAUGCAUCCAUUAAGAAUAUAUUGAGUCUUCUGAGAUCGAUGUAUGCACUGGUCACACUUGAAGAAGACUCGGCAUUUCUCCGAUACGGGUACUUAUCAACAGGCAAUGCUGCUGCUGUGAGAAAAGAAGUCGCAAAACUCUGCAGCGAAAUCAGACCUCAAGCACUUGCCUUGGUUAGUUCUUUCGGUAUACCAGAUGCUUUCUUGAGUCCUAUUGCCUUUGAUUGGGUCGCGGCAAAUUCCUGGUCUACCAUUGAGAACUAG